UAUUUUAACCAAAGAGUUAAUAGCAAUAAUAAUGAAAAUAUAAUAAAUGGAGAGGUAUUAAAAUCAUUCAAACAUACUGCAUUUAAUAGCAACAAUAACGGUAAUGUUUUAUUAUCCUCGACUUCACUUUUAAAUCAACAACAAAAAUAUUUACAACAAAAAUAUAAUGGCAGAAAUUAUGCCACCACAAGAGAAAAGGUAAUCGAAAACGGCAAUUCAUUACCAACUGACGAAAAUCUUCAAGAAGUAACCUAUAAAGAAUUAUUCGAAAUGAGCGAUUAUGAGACUAUUAUUAAAAGAUUCGAAUCAUUAGCAUAUGCUUCAAAUGAAGAAUGUAUUAGAUAUUAUUUCAAAGCAUUGGUUUAUAGUGGUAAAAUUAAUAAAGCAAAUAUUGGAUUACCACCACCAACUAAAAAAAUGAGAAAGGCUGCAGCAGAGGCAUUACAAUCAGAGGAAGCAUUAAGAGGAUUUUUCCUUCGUUUCAACCAUUUCCCGGAAGUUGCAGAAAAGAUUCAACAAAAACCAAUUGUCCCAAUUUUUAAUAUAAAUGCUAAUGGUAAAACCAAUCUAUCAUGGCUCGAUCGUAUUGUUCAAUUACUUUGGUUACCAGUUUUAUUAUUCCUUUUAUAUUCCCUUACAACCGAAACAACAAAAGAAACAGGUGUCAAGCGUCAUCAAUUUGCUAAAGAAUAUAACGCUGACUCGCAACCUCCAACUUCAUUUGAAGAUAUCAAAGGUAUCGAUGAAGUUAAAGAUGAGUUAGUAGAAAUUGUUGAUUACCUAUUAAACCCAGAAAAAUAUGCCGAAAUUGGUGCCAAGUUACCAAAAGGUGUUUUAUUAUCUGGUGAACCAGGUACCGGUAAAACAAUGUUAGCUCGUGCAAUUGCUGGCGAAGCCGGUGUUUCCUUCAUUUUCACAACUGGUUCAAGCUUUGAUGAAAAAUAUGUUGGUGUCGGUUCACGUCGUAUUAGAGAAUUAUUCACUGCUGCCCGUGAAAAACAACCAUGCAUUAUCUUUAUCGAUGAAAUUGAUGCAGUUGGCAAGUCAAGAAAUAACACCCAAUAUAAUGAUACUCUUCUUCAAUUAUUAGCUGAAAUGGAUGGUUUCGAAGGUAAUAGUCAAAUUAUGAUCAUUGGUGCCACCAAUGCUCCAGAUUCACUUGAUCCAGCUCUUUUACGUCCAGGUCGUUUUGACAGACAUAUCGCUGUACCAGUUCCAGAUAUCAAAGGUAGAGCCGAAAUUCUUAAACACUACCUCAACAAAAUCAAACAUCAUGUUGAUGUUAAAGCUGAUCAUAUCGCCAGAGCCACACCGGGUUUUACAGGUGCUGAUUUAAGCAAUCUUAUCAACACUGCCGCUAUUAAAGCUGUUCAAACUGGUAAAGAAAGUGUUACUCUUAGACAAAUCGAAGAAGCUCGUGAUGAUAUUUUAAUGGGUCGUGCUCGUAAUGGCGCAGUUAUGAGCGAAGAAGCUCGUCGUAAUACAGCUUAUCAUGAAGCAGGUCAUGCUCUUGUUGCAGCUAUGACCGAUGCUGCUGACCCAAUUCACAAGGCUACUAUCAUUCAAAGAGGUUCUGCAUUAGGUAUGGUCUCUCAAUUACCAGAAAUGGAUCAUGUUCAAUUUACAAGAAAACAAAUGAUGGCCCGUCUUGCAAUUUGCUUAGCUGGCCGUGCUGCCGAAGAAAUUUUCUUUGGUGAUGAUGGUGUAACUAGUGGUGCCUCAUCAGAUUUCCAACAAGCAUCCUCUCUUGCUUAUUCUAUGAUUACCAAGUGGGGUAUGUCCGAUAAAUUAGGUUUCACUUAUCACAAAGAUAAGAGUAUGUCACAAGAGGUUCAAAAAAUAAUCGACGACGAAGUUAGAGAACUUUUAGACAAACAAUACAAAUACUCUAAAGAUCUCAUCAUAAAGAAUAGAGAUAAUAUGGAAAAUUUAGUCGGUGAAUUAUUAGAAAAAGAAACUUUAUCUGGUGAUGAAAUUUUAACAAUUUUAAACGUUAAACAAAAACCAAUUCUCCCACCAAUUCAAAAACCAAACCCACAAAACAAUACCAAUAAUAGCCACACCCCAUUUAUUUCUCCACCACAAUCCGGAAAUUCAUUAUUACCACCACUUGUACCAAAU